GAAGUCCGGGUAGUUCAGGUCAGGUGCCAAUAAUAAUCGUAGCCCUCUUCUUCGUUUUCGCCGUUGCCCUCGCUCUUACCGGGAUGAACCCUAAAUUCUCUUAUCUUCCCUGAUUGAACAAGAAACGGGCUGCUUUGAGUCGAUCGAAUCUAAGUGUUUGUCUCUUCACGCUCCUUGAUCUCAUCCAGGGAGGAGAAAUGAUUGUGAAGGAUAGUGAUACUUCUUUAGAUCUUUGGUAUGAUGAGGAGAGAGCUGCCAGCAUUAGCAUGGGAGGAAUGAAGCAUAUUGGCUAGAUACAUUGCAUCUCACAACUGGUACAUUGUAAAUAGAAUUUCUAUUUCUUGCUGCAGGUUACUCAGCAAGUCCAUGCUGCCAGCAUCCUUUGUCCUUAUUUUGCCAGGUUAAACUUGUAGUUGUUUCCAGAGUAUGGAAACUGAUACAAUCAUUGAAGGAGAAAUCAUUCAGGCCAAAGAAUUAGUUAUUGAGGAUGAUAUUAUUGAGGGGAAAAUUGAUAAGGCUGAACUUGAUGGUCAAUUACGGGUAGUGACAGGAGGUGAUGAUGGUGUACCUCAUUUGGGGAUGGUGUUCAGCUCCUAUGGGGAAGCUGUCACUUUCUAUAAACGAUAUGCGAUGCGCACAGGGUUUGGUGUUACUAUAAAAAAGUCAUCUUUUACAACUUAUGGACUUUGCCGACGACUUGUACUUGUGUGCAGUAAAGAGGGGAAAGCACAAACAAAAGCAUGCUACCACCAAUCUAGGCCAUCAACAAAGACAAAUUGUGAAGCUGCAUUUAUAGCCAAGCUAUGGGGUGAUGGUUUGUUGCAUGUAGUUGAAGCUAAACUUGAACACAACCAUGAACUUAAUCCAUCAGAGGCUCACCUCUUUAGAUGCUAUAAAAAUAUGUCUAGUGGAGCAACUAAAGAUCUUGCUGUGCGAGCUGCAGGACGGGAGCACUUACCAUAUGUUGGUUUGGAAUUCUUAAACUCUAUUGAUGAUGGGCAAAUGAAGCUGGCGGAAGGUGACAAGGAUGCCAUUUCCCAGUUUUUUGCACGGAUGCAGACCAAAUAUCCAAAUUUUUUUUACAUGCUGGAUCUAGACAUGGAAGGUCAUUUAAGGAAUGUGUUUUGGGCUGAUCCUAGGUCAAGAUCAGCAUAUCAUUGUUAUGGUGAUGUUGUUUACUUUGAUUCAACCUAUCUGAAAAAUGAAUACAAGAUUCCUCUUGUUCUAUUCGUUGGGUCAAACAAUCAUGGUCAACAGGUGUUGUUAAGCUGUGGUUUACUUGCUGAUGAAACCCCUGGAAACUACUUGUGGUUAUUUAAGGCCUGGCUGACAUGUAUGUCGGAGCACUAUCCAAAUGCUAUCAUCACUGAUCAAUCUAAGACUAUUCAAAGUGUGGUUGCCAAAAUAUUACCAGAAGUCCGCCAUCGAAUUUGUUUGUUUGAUAUAAGUAGAAGUAUUCCUGAGAAGUUAAGGGAACAUACAGAAUGUAAGACGAUUCAUAAGGCCAUGACUGAAUUAAUACACAAUUCUUUAAAAAUUGAUGACUUUGAAGAAGGCUGGCAGAACCUGACUAAAACAUAUGAACUUGAGGCUAAUGAAUGGUUGAACUCUUUAUAUGAAAAUCGGAAACUAUGGGCACCUGUUUAUCUGAAGGAUAUGUUUUGGGCUGGGUUGUCCACUACACUCGACGAAAAGGAUGCAAGCCCUUUUUUUGAGGGGUUCGUUUAUCCUGAAACUUCUUUACAGCAAUUUUUAGAAAAUUAUGAUUUAGUUUUGCAAACCAAAUAUGAGUUGGAAGCAAAAGCAGAUUUUGACUCAUACCACAAGAGCCAGGUUACGGUAUCAGAUUCUCCUAUGGAGCAACAACUUUCUGAAAUAUACACACUUAGCAUGUUUGAAAUUUUCCAGAAUGAGUUAAAGGCAGCUCUUUAUUGCCAGGUUUCACUAGUAAAGGUAGACGGCUCUAUAUCUACAUUCGAGGUACGGGUAUGUUCCUACACUGGAAGUGUUGAAAGAGAGAAUGACAAGUAUUAUGAGGUGCUGUAUCAGGUUGAUGAAUUUCAGGUGCAAUGUAUAUGUGGCUUCUUUCAGUUCACAGGGAUCUUAUGCAGACAUGCUUUGUCAGUACUAAGUUUACAGCAAGUGUAUGAGGUUCCACCUCAGUACAUCCUCAAUCGUUGGAGAAAGGAUUUCAAGCUUUUGAAUGCUUUGGAGCAUUCCUCAAAAGACUUUUAUGGCAAUCGGCAGGUUGAGCAGUACGAUUCUCUUUCGUUGCGUUGCCUUCAACUUGUUGAAGUGGGUAUGGUGUCUGAUGAGAAGUACCAGCUUGCUCUGAAGUUAAUUAGAGAAGUGGAAAGAUCUCUGUUAGAUGAUAACACGUUUCAGGAUUUGCACAAUAGGUUCAUGUCUUCUGUUACUAGGUUGACUGGAAGCGAUGAAAAUCAUGGAGCAUCACAGGCUGGUAUCAUUGAUGGUGACAAAACUUCUAAUUCUGUUUCAACUAAGCGAAGAGGACGCCCACCCAAGAAAAGGAGAGAAUGUGAAGCAGAACCAGUUAAUGACUCAAAUGGCAAAAAGGAUCCUUUGAGGACAUCAACUGAUGGGCACCAGAGCAAUUUGUUUCAAUCUUCAUCAACUGCUGCCCAAUUUGGCACUCAUGAGAGAACACAUGGAAUGAUCGAUAUAAUGGAAGAAGUCAACCAAAAUGACUUGGGAUUUGGUGCUCAUUAUGGACUGCAAACAAACCACCAGCAUCCUCUAAGCAAUCAACUGCAAUCUGGCCCUACAUUGCAGAGCCAUUUUGGACAGCAAAAUCUUGGAGAUCCAUCAAGAAUGCAUUGGCACAUCCAACAAAUGUUGCAGGAAAAUCAGACACCGUUCGGUAGGAGGCCUGGGUAGCGAAGCCAUUAUUUUUCUCGGAUUAACCUCAGCGACAUGAGCGAUUGUUCGACGAGGAAUGCUGGCUGUUCAUAGGGAUUUGUGUACUCUAUGAAGAUCAUGAUGCCAUUUGGUUAAUCAAGUUUUUUUAAUGUAAAUAUGGACGUGUAAUCUAUUGGAAGCAUUCGGUAUAAAGCUUUUGCUUCGAUCGUUUUUAACA